AUGCCGCCGAUCAAGCGACCUUACCGCGCAAAGGUCAAAGGUGAGCCAAGCAAAGCAAGACCUAGAGCGAGGCUUAUCGUAUAUCAUCAAGGGUGCCAUGAGUGCUCUCAGCGCCGGGUCAACUGCGAUAGAGGUACCCCCGAGUGUCGCAAAUGCAUCGCAAAGGGCCUGAAGUGCAGCGGCCUCGGUGUUAGGCACCGCUUCAGCAAUGGUGUCGCUUCUAGAGGUCACUACUCUGGCAAGACUAUGGAUACUGCUUAUCCACUCGAAAUGAUCGCCAUAGAUGGUCCUCACAACGGAUGGCGCUACCUCAUGCUACCAAUGGCAGAGAGCGAUGAGCUUGUCAUGGACGCAGUCCUUGCAAUAUCGCUCUUCCACAGCUCCGGAAUUCUACACAAAGACCUCGUCGUCGAUAAAGCAGAGCAGGACCACUAUGGCCGAGCCAUCCAAGGGCUACAAAAGCGCAGCCAGCUGAGAUAUUGUGAUAGGUCAGAUCAGCAAUCCAUUCUUAUCACAGUCUUGUUGCUCCUGACUGCUGUCAUGGUCAAUGGAUCAUCCGAUUUUCCAAUCCUCUUUGGCAUGCUACAGUCUGCAAUCGAUGCUAUCGGUGGAGAGGGGGAACUUGGGUCGGGGGAGAUUGCCGAGUUUUUGGUCCGCCAGGUUCACAAAUUGAAGGUGUAUGCGGCACCACUGCUUAGCGAACACGCUGGUAUCGACGUGAUCUCCUCCGAGGCUGAAGUUACCCAGAUGUUCGACUGCCUGAAUCAUUGUCUGCAAAACAACCCACGGCAUUCAGACGCCCUCGCCAUCGUGCCCAACCUAGUACGUCAGGCAUGCGAGAUAUACAUGAAACAAGCCGUGCCUGGCUCUCGAGCUCGAGCGGCACCACAGAUAAGGGCGAGGCAUGCUAUAGCGUCUAUAUGCCGUGUGCAGCGCUUCAUUGAUACGUUGGAGGCAUUCCCUAAGGACUCUCCGGGCAAACAAGUCCUCACGUGGGCAUGCUUCAUCGCGGCUUCCGACUGUCGGCUUGCAGAGCACAAGGAGUUUUUUUCCAACUUUUUCUUGAGCAGAUAUGCGACAAAUGGUUUUAUGAACUUGGCCAUGGGGCUGGAGGCCUUGCGCAAGAUAUGGGCGCGAAACCCUGAUGAGCGAUGGACUGUUCUACUGCCCCAGUUACAACUCUUUGUCAUGUGA